UCCGAUGUAAUUUAGAAAUAAUUGCAUUUAAAGUCAAGACCUGAAUCUAACAUUGUAUUAAAUUAAAAUUAUUGAACUAAUUCAUAUAAAGGGAGAGGAAUCAUGUGACUUAUAAGGAUUCUCACAUGGGUCACCAAUUUACAACCGAUGUCAACAAACAACAAUGAACAGCAAUCCGGAGGUUCAACGUGUGAUGUCUCUAAGACUGUCCAGGGUUCUUGGGGACAUCGGUAUUACUAGACAGAUGGUAAACAUGAGGAGAAACAUUUGUCUUUUCAACGAAAAAGCGAUGGCAGUCGAUGCACGUGGCUUUGGACGGAAUUGGACCUGUUAUCACGUUGGAAGCCAAACUGAAGGCACAACAACUCUUGGAAUGGAGUCAGAUAUGGAUGUUCUAUCGUCCCCCGAUGACAGUCCUGUUCUGCUCGACUGGUCAGAAUGGCAGCCUAGUCCACAGUGCAGUCUCCUGGUUCUUCAAGAUGGGAGUUCUCCACCCCAACAUUGCAAUUUGCUCCUUCUGAGGCGUGAGCUUCCAAUGCCAGCAACACUGGGUAUGAUACCUAAAGACAUUAACGUGGAGGUGGAUAUGGAAGGCAGGAUACCACGGCCUGGACACUGGCCAACACCAGAUAUACUGGAACAGUCAAAACAUACUGGAACAUUUCUGGUGCCACAGGGACAUGCUGAAAGUUGUCAUCCCCAGCUGGAAUGGAGAUUCUCAACUUCUCUUAUUGAAAGACUGCUUAUGUCUAACCUCAACAUGACCAAAGUUAAGGCAUAUAUAUUCUUGAAAAUACUGAGAAUGACUUAUUUCAAGCCUGUUGUUGGUGACCGGCUAAGCAUAUUUCACAUAAAGACAGCUCUGUUGUUCACCAUAGAGAGCUACCCUCCUGAGCUUUGGCAGGAAGACAAUCUGCUACAUUGUAUCAUCUUCUGUCUAACCACACUUAAACGCUGGUACAGAAUGCACUAUUGUCCACAUUACACCAUAUCUGGGGUGGAUUUAUUUGUAGGAAAACUUCGAAGGUUCGAACUGCCACAAGUCUCAGCGAUGUUAUCAGACAUGAUAGAAAAUAUCACGGUUUAUGUGGUGCAUAUAGAAAUGGACGAGCUGGGUAGAAGAAUGUUGAAGCUAAUUGGUGCCACAAAUACACACAUAAAGACCACAAGGUGUGAGAACAUAUUGGCCACAUAUGAGGAGGCAGCAACGAUUUUGGAUCAAACUGAGGCUCUGCUGCAUCCAGAUGUAUGGUAUUUCAAUAAGAGUCGCAGAAACGCACAGGCGCCUUCAAAAACUGUUCUGAGAAGGUUUCUUGACCAGCCAGUGUCAGAAAUUAUCAGAACAUCAGUAGCAUUUAGUGUCUCUUUCCACAAACGAGAGGUACACUGUGUGCCUAAGCAUCUGGUGUUUGAAAUGCACAGAACCAUCAACCAAGAAGACAAACAACACAGAAUCCUAAUUGAUGGAUGGAUGGAUAACGUCAUCUCUGAUUCCGUCCCCUUCCUCUACUACCUGCAGUACCUUGCAUAUAGAAAACUUGGAUAUCAGGAUAAGAAACUAACAGCAAUGUGGAAACUUCGACACUACAUAAACCAUGAUAAUAAAGGAUACGGUCACCCAGACACAGCAGCCAAUAUGCUGGGCCACUGCUGUGAAAUGGAGAACAGGCUGGACCUGGCCUGGCAGUGCUAUUCUGUGUCACUAAAGAAUUUUCCAUAUAACAAUGCUGCCAAAUGGCACAUGAUGAUACUUCUAUACCAAGCCCAUGCAGGCAUAAGAAAAAUGGCCCACCAUCCAGAGUACGAACGUGUCAUGUCCUUGAGACUGUCCAGGGUGCUCUCAGACAUCGGGGUUACUAGACAGAUGGUCACCCGGAGAAGGAACUCUUGGCUGGCGUUUGAGAAAAUAAAAACAGUCUCAGAAAGUAUCCCAAAUAGAAACAGAACCUUUUACACCUUUGGAAGCCAAAGUGAAGGCACAACAACUCUUGGAAUGGAGUCAGAUGUGGACUGUCUACGUUCAUUAAAUGACAGUCCUGUAUUUUUAGACUUGUCAGAAUGGCAGCCUUCUCCAAAUUACAGUUUGCUGGUUCUACAAGAUGAGAGUUCUCCACCCCAACACUGCAACCUGCAAUUUCUCAGGUCUGAUCUCCCACUGCCAGCAACACUGGGUAUAAUAAAAGACGCUGAUGUUGAGGUGGAUUUGGAUGGCAGGGUGUUGUUAAAAAACACUUUCAUUGACUCAAUUCUUCAAAAGAAAUAUGGGCCUCAUUUUAAAAAACAAGGCCCAUCUAGAAGUACAAUGAAAGAUGUUGAUAGUGUCUAUGCUUAUCACUGUGCAAGACAGCCAAAACAGUGUCAAUUUCUUUUUCACAGACCACGGCCUGGACACUGGCCCACACCAGAUUUACUGGAACAAGCAAAACAGACUGGAACAUUCCUGGUGCCACAGGGACAUGCUGAAAGUUGUCAUCCAAAACUGGAAUGGAGAUUCUCAACUUCUCGUAUAGAAAGACUGCUUAUGUUUAACCUCAACUUGACCAAAGUUAAGGCAUAUAUAUUCUUGAAAGUAUUGAGAAAGACUUAUUUCAAGCCUGUUGUAGGUGACCGGCUUAGCACAUUUCACAUAAAGACAGCCCUGUUGUUCACCAUAGAGAGCUACCCCCCUGAGAUUUGGCAGGAAGACAACCUGCUAAAGUGUGUCAUCUUCUGCCUUACCACACUCAAACGCUGGUGCAGGAUGCACUAUUGCCCACAUUAUACAAUCUCUGGGGUGGAUUUGUUUGUUGGAAAACUUAAAAAAUUCGAACUGCCACAAAUUUCAGCCAUGUUAUCAGAUAUGAUAGAAAAUAUCAUGGUUUAUGUGGUCAAUAUAGAAAUGGAUGGGCUUGGUAGAAGAAUGUUGAAGCUAAUUGAUGCAUUUGAUGCCAGAAACACACACAUAACAAGCACAAGGUAUGAGAACACAGUCAAAACAGCACAGAACUGCUGUGAUAAUAUCAUAAGAUUGUCUAUUAUGUUAAGUGACAGUCAUUUUAUAAUUUAUGGUGAAUCUGCUUCUAUCAAGUCAACAAUAGAGAAGACAAUUGUUUCUUUCAAUAAUAUUCUAAUGCAAAAUGACUUGAGCAUAAUUAUGAAAGACUUAGUGAGGGCAAAUUUACUCUUUCUGUUCAAUCAAUUAGCAACAUUCAAAGCUUCUAAGUGUAUAGAAUUACAUCAGCCAGUCACUGCUCACAUUUACAACCUGUACCAAGCAUCUUUGGACUCAGACUUGACAUCAAGCAGACUGAAGUUUGCCUCCAUGUUAUACUGCACUGACCAGUAUGAGGAGGCAGCAGCAGUGUUGGAGCACAUUGAGGCUCUGCUGCAUCCAGAUGUUUGGCAGUUCAGUUUUAGUUAUAGAAGACAACCUAAGCCUUCGAAUAAUUUUCUGAGCAGUCUUCUUGACAGGUCAGUGUCAGAAGUCAUCAGAACAUCAGUAGCAUUUAGUGUUGCUUACAUGCCUCAAGAGGUACACUGUGUGCCUGAGCAUCUGGUGUUUGAGAUGCACAGAACCAUCAACCAAGAAGAUAUUCAACACAGACACCAAUUAUGUGAUAAAUGGAUGGAUUCUGCCGUCACUGACUCCAUCCCGUUCCUCUACUACCUGCAGUACCUCACAUACAGACAACUUGGACACCAGGAUAGGAAACUUACUGCAAUGUGGAAACUUCGACACUACAUAAACCAUGAUAGUGAAGGAUAUGGUCAUAUAGAAACAGCUAUAAAUAUGCUUGGCCACUGCUGUGAACUGGAGAACAGGCUAGACAUGGCCUGGCAGUGCUAUUCAGUGUCUCGGAGGGCCUAUCCACAUAACAAUGCUGCCAACUGGCACAUCAUGAGACUUCUAUACCAAGCCCAAUUCCAGGCAUAAGAAAGAGACAAAAAUGUUUUAUUAUCAAGCCAAAAGUGAACAUUACAUUUUGAAUUUCAUACAAGUUAAUUUGAAAAAAGAAUUCAAGCAUCCUUAGAAAUGUUAUAAGAAAUAUUACCCAUAUUCUUCCAAAUAUUCCAUCAUAAAUCGUAAAGGUACAUAAUAAAUAAACUCAUUUUUUAGCUAUAUAGUUUCAAUAUCUGGGCCAGAGUUUUUUAUAUUUCGUUUUACGGGAGCGCCGUACCUAAUUAUUGCAAAACCCCCAAAAGAAAAAGAUUGAAAUUCCUAAAUUAAUUUUUAUUUUUUCCGCCGCCCGUUUCUUCGAUCUCUGAUAGAAAAUAAAAUUUAGUGUUAUUUAACCUAAUGCUAAUUUCACAACAACAAAAAUUUUCGCGCACAAUUUCCAAGAUGGCGGAAGGCGGCGCUUCUUGUUUAUUGUUUCAACUGAAAUAUGUUUCAUUGUUUUGUGAUAUCACAUGCAUAUUAUAUGCCAUGAUGAAAAUAAAACUUGAAACUUG